AUGAAAUGCGGAAAGAAGUUCGCAGAGCAGGAAAUCCUUGAUGCUCAUACGGAGAAACAUAAAGGCGAUAAACCACAUAAAUGCAGAAUUUGUCCAAAGCAGUAUCAUUUUAGGGCUGACUUGAAAAGACAUAUGUUUGUGCAUAAUAAGAAGACCAAUCCUUAUACUUGCACCACUUGUGGUAAGGGAUUUUCGAGGAAGGAUCAUUUUAAGAAUCACUACUUGAGUCAUGAGAGGAAAGCUGCCCUGUACGAUAAGAAGAGAAACCUUCGUGAAUCAUAA